CUUGGCUGUUUUAGUGCACAUUGGAAAGCUAUAGGACCCAGACGCGCGUGUUCGUGUGUCGUGACGCAAGGAUACCUGUGACGCGGCCCUGCUUUGGGUGACGAUGCGACGUACGUACGUGUGUCCUGGAAUUGCUGUGAAAUGCCGACACGGAAAAGUAAUUAAACUGUAAAAGAAACUGGGUUGAAUUCGUAUCAAUGUGUAUGGUUGAUUAGUGUGCCAUAAUCAGGUGUUUGUACAGUGACUUGGUUGUCGAGACUUGAAACGAAGCGUGCUACUUGAAUGUGGAAAUAAAUGAAUGUGUAAAACUUUGACAAUGAAAGUGUGAAACAAAGAUAAAAAAAAAAAAAAACGUAACACGAUACAAAUUAAAACUUAGACUUAUAACUGUUGGAAUCAAGCACCAAAACAUCCCGGUGAUAUAAAAAAAAAGUGAAAAACAAAGUGUGGGAAACGUAACGUGAAAGAAACGUCGCGCAACAUUCGAUAAAGUCUCACUAGUGCCAGAAAACUCCCGCCCCGUCGCCAUGUCGUACUCUGAGGGCGAGUGGACAGAUGGUAAUGCUAACGCGCGUCACUGGGGCACGGAGGAGAGCGAAGCGGACAUGCAGGAGAAAGGGCAUCUGUGGAGCAUUGUGGAGACGGCGACGCGGCAGGAAAUGAAGACGUCAGGCGGAGACAACCCAGCGGAGACGAUGAAGGUGGAGUGGGUGGAAGGGGAGAGCAGCGUCGGCAGCACCUCCUUUACUGACAUGACCUCCACCAUGAGGGUGACACGAGAAGCCACCAACGCCCUCUACCCUGAGCAGUCCAUGCACCAUCUCGUCCCCAGCAACUCAGACCAGGCCCAGUACCUCUCCCGCUCUGCGGUGAACUCCGGCGAGGGACAGGGCGGGCAGGGCGGAUCCCCCUCGGCCUUCAUGUCCAUCAUAAAUACACCCAGCCCUUCCAGCAACAACUCUGACAGCUCGCACUGUGCUUACACCUCGCCGCUGUACUCCCCGCAGCAUCCUCAGAACUUCUACGGUGUUUACAGCCACGGUCAAAACCCACAACACAACCAAGUAGCCACCUCUCCCACAUACAACUCUCUCCAUGAUCAUUCCCCUUCCACUUUUGGACCCCCCGGCCAAGUCACACCAUUGAAUAACCAUAUCUCUCCACAAAUGACGCCUGCCUACAACCAAGUGCUCUAUCAGACAGCAUCUACAUACAGCUACCAGCAGGACCUAGUCACGCCCACCUGCACCCACCCUCCUGACGACACCCCUUCCAUUUCCGGCACACGCUCUUCUCACAUCUCUCCGGACGUAACUCCUCUCCCAGCGCCCGUCGCCACCUCUCCUUACCACGAAGAUUCCAAGGUGCGGAAUGGCAAGAUGUACUACACCACUUACCUCAACAACCACGGCGCGGCGGUGCCCAAGCUCGAGCGUCCAGCCAGGCACCCGUCAGGCCCCACGCCCACCCAGGCUGGUCAAGGCCGAGGGCAGCUCGCUAUGCAGUUUCCAGAGACCAAGCUGUACCCAUUGCCUCCCAAUGUGUCACUGAGUCGAUUCUUCCAUGGAUUUGAGAACAGCUUCCCCUAUCACGUGUCGCCCCAACAGGGCAGCCCGGCCAGUCAGGGAUUUGGCUCCGUCGCCUACCUGAAUAACCAUGGCAGCGCACCCGGCAUGUCCUCGUCUCCCCAAGUAUCUGCUCAAUUCCCAGCAUCUUACCCCGCCGCAGGCGUCGCCCCACACCCGCACACAUGUGGUGGCGCCCGGCACAAGACGUGCAAUAAGAACAAUAACAGCAAACGUGAACCUAAUCGCGAGUCCCCAAAAGGAUCGCCGUGUGGCUCCGUCAAGGAGAAGGAGCGUAUCGCCAGGCGCGCCGCCAGGAAGCUCAGCCGCGGUGUACUCAAGAGGAAGCGGGGCUGCACCUGUUACUCCUGUCAGAUUGUGUUCGCCUCCUCGGGCCACCUGAAGCGCCACAUGGAAGCCCACGGCUCAAAUCGCCGAUUCAAGUGCCCUCAUCCUUACUGUGACGUGGCCUACAGCCGCCAGGACAAUCUCAAAGCCCACGUGGCCAAGGCCAUCCACCGCAGGGAGGGAGACCCUUACACCAUCCCAGUCUCCGAUGAUGAGGACUCGGACGAUGAGGAUUGCAGCUUUGGAGGAGACUACAACAUCGUCGGCAUUAACGACUUCUUGAACUACGAGCCGCACGACGACGAUGACGUAAUGUGAUAGGUAAGGAAGCUGCGCCCCGCCCAGCCCCUUCCCAUCCCACCCAAACUCUUCAGACUGACCUGGACUGUUACUGAGGACUUCCUUUGACUAUUUCUUUGACUUCUUGAGUACUUUUGGUGUGCAUUGUCUCACGUGGUUAUUUUCCACAACUUAAUGAUUAGUUUAACUACAUUAGCAUUAGUUUUAUAGCAUUAUGCUUGAUUGUUACAGUUUUGUUUUGAAAAAAAUAUCUAAAACGUGUUAUACGUUUAUAUGAUAUUCAUAUAUGGUGUUUGAUGUUUAUUUUAUAUUUUUAUUUUCAAAACAAAUUUUUAGCAGCGUUGAGCCUUCAGUUCCAGAUUGAGGGAAGCGGUGCCCACUGAUUUUGUUUUUUAAAAAAAGACUUGAUACUCCUGUGAAAAUAUGUAUAUAGUGCAUAUAUAUUUGUGACGCUUUACUUUAAGUAUGCUUACAAAUUUUAAAGAUUUUUAGUCCACUCACGCUUGCCUAAGGAGCAGCGGAGGAGUUUGGUUACAGUGACACGGGGCCGCACGUCCCUCGGGGCGUGAGAGCGACGAGUCAUGAGAUGCUUGGGUUUACUUUCAUCUGUUGUCUUUAUUUCACUCAGCACAGCGGCCACCAAGUCACUGUCUUACUAGCUUUAAAGUCCUGGAUGAUUCACAGUAAAAUUCAUGCAGUUGUGUAAUAUACUGGUGAAAAAUGUUAGAAAUCAUGAAAAAGAUCGUACGAUUACGGUUCUAUUCAAAAUUGGUGCACAAAUAAUAUACAUGUGGCGUGCUUUUUUAGUCAUGUUCCUGCAUCGCCACUUAGUAUUCCCCGGGACCCCCUGACGAGAGACCGGUUCGUAUCAAGCUGUCAAACGGCUGAGAAGUGUUAGGCAGGUGAUCAUCCCCGGUAGGCAGCAAGUGACACUGAAGCUGAGUGUUUGUGUCUGACGUUGUGAUAAUGUCUGAAUUGUAUGUAAUUGAAGAAAUAAAAAUAAAUGGU